AUGGAUAUUGCUGAAAGGGAAAAGAAAAGAAGAAAUUAUGCACUUUAUUGGAUUAUAAGAUCAAGUACAAUAAGUGCAAUCGCUACAUAUUAUUAUGAAUAUAUUUAUAAAGAACCAUGUAUGACUUCACUUCAAAUAGGACAAGAUUGGAUAAAUGAGAUAUUGAAUGGACACACUGUUCGAUGUAUGCUUGCCUUUAGAAUGGAUCGAACUUUGUUUACACAAUUGUGUGAAGAGUUGCAAUCGAAAUAUGGAUUACAAUCAAGUAAAAGAACGACAGUUGUAGAGAAGGUGUGCAUAUUUGUGUAUACACUUGCUAUGGGUGCUUUUAAUAGGGAUGUUAGAAAGCGAUUUCAGCAUUCUGGAGAGACCAUUAGUAGAGCAUUUCAUGAGGUUUUAGAAGCAAUUAGCGGUAGAAAUAGGGGCUACCAAGGCCUAGCACGUGAUAUCAUAAGACCAAAGGAUCCAACUUUUCAAUAUGUACCACCUCAUAUUGCUAAUGACGAGCGAUACAUGCCUUAUUUCAAGUAUUGUAUUGGAUGCAUUGAUGGUAUAACUGCAUGUAUUCCUGAGGCAGAGCAAAUGCGAUAUAGGGGUAGAAAAGGAAUCACUACCUUCAAUGUCAUGGCUAGUUGUGAUUUUGAUAUGUGUUUCACAUUUAUAUCAAUUGGAUGGGAGGGAUCAGCACAUGACACACGUAGAUAUUAUCUGGUUGACAAAGCAUAUCAUGAUAAAGAAGGAUAUUUGGUGCGUUAUCCUAAGAUAAAGUAUCAUCUGUCGCAAUUUGAAUAUGAAUCUCCAACUAAUGCACAAGAAGCUUUUAACCGUGAACAUUCAUCUCUUAGAAGUUCAUUUGCACUGCAUAACUAUAUUCGCAUCAACUCACAUGAUGACCCAAUGUUUACCGUCCUUGACCAACAUCCAAAUUAUGUACCUCAUGAUGAUCUUUCAGAUAGUGUUGUUGGUCCUCAAGGUGGGGACAUACUAGAAGGGGAAACAGGAAGAUCAAUCAAGACGAAGGAAAUUCGUAACAAUAUUGCUGCUUUAAUUUAG